AUGUUGCCCCGGAAUAAAAAAAUUGGCUACCUUCUAAUAGGUUUAGUGCUUUAUUGUGCCAACAGUGAAAUUGUUACUGCCUCUGCCACCGAGUGCUAUCAAUGUGCUGGUGAAGACUGUGAUGACCCAGCGGUAGUCCAGUGUCCUGAUAUCAAUGAAAAUGAGCAGUGCUACAUACGCCUCGACUCAAACUAUGAUUUCAUUGGCAUGGGCUGCAGCUCAGAGUUAGGCAAUGCAACGCAAAUUGCCGAGUUGAUUCGAAACAAGAGCAUUUAUGUAUGUUCGACGUCGAAUUGUAAUGGAUAUGAGAAUUUGGCACAACCAAAUGAUUGCACUAAAUGCAAUUCAACGGAGGAUGCCAGGUGUGCUACACGACCGCGCUUAGCGGGUCGUUCGGUGCGUUGCAACAACGUGCCGUACACGAAUUGCUAUGAGCGUGUUAGUCUUGCCAAUAAUGGGACGACCGAACGUGGCUGCCUCUUCGAAUUGGAAGGCGAUGAUUUUUAUAAUUGCGUGACCGGGGAGGAUGCGCUCUGCAAUCUAUGCGAGGAUAGUGGCUGCAAUGUAGAGAUCAUUCCCGCCAAUCGUACUCAAUGUCAACGUUGCGAUUCUCUAACAGACAGUAAUUGCAGCAGAGCACCAUCAGCGCUCUCCAUAUGUCCCAUCUAUGUUGCAAACGAUGCUUGUGUGUCGGUCUAUGAAUCGGGUGUAACGCGUCGCGGCUGCUCUAGUGAGUUCAGUUGCGAUGCCACCGCUAGAAAUUGCCAAGUGUGCAGCGGCACCGGCUGCAAUCAGGCGAAUGUGCAAAGAAGAUCAGAAGAAUUGUAUGGCAUAUUUCAAGAUUUGCCAUUGAACUGUAAUACUUGUUCGGGAGAGGAUUGCUUGGUGUUCAGUCAACGUUUGCGCAAAUGCGAAGGUGACAUUUAUCAGGAUUGUGUGACAGUAUUCAACGAAAGCAGUGUAGUUGUGGCACGUGGCUGUGAAACAGCUGUCGCCGCUGAUUACGAAUCACAUUGCGCUGCAAAUCCAGAGCUAUGCUUCAAUUGCAAAUCGAAUGGUUGCAACAAUAUCACCGAAGUGAAAGCAACACAACAGUGCCUGUACUGUGAUGAAGCCACCAAUGCUGACUGUUUGGCGAAUGUCAGCGCGAUUACAACUACACGCGCAUGCGUCGAAGGUUGUGUGACAGCAUUGUAUGAACGCAAAUCCAAUCCACAAGUGUUCGAUUUGGCGCGCACCUGUUUCGAGGAUCUGGAAUUUGAUGAUCGUGCAACAUGUAAUGAGGCAAACAAUUGUGUUAGAUGCACCGAAGGCGAUAGGUGUAAUACGGCGGCAGUGCCUGCCGACGGACGUUUGUCGUGCCUGCAUUGCGAUGGCAAUGAUUGUGAUGAGCCUGUGUCGCUCACAUGCAGCGGUUAUUCGGCGAGUGAUCAGUGUUACAUAUAUUUUGAUUCAGAAACACACAGCGCUGUACGUAUGGGCUGCAGGAGCAGUGUAUCAGCGGAUGCAAUUUACAACGAUAUCAUUCACUAUUUCCUCUGCGAUGGCGACGAUUGUAACACGUAUAGUAAUUUACCAGACGCGAACAUAUGUUAUGUGUGCGAUUCAUCGGUGGAUGUGAAUUGUGCCAUCAACCCUACGGCGAUCACAGCGCAAACGAGAUGUCAAAUCAAUCCACACACAGACUGUUUCACGCGCAUCAAUGAAGAUGGUCACACCAAUCGCGGUUGCGUCAGCACGCUGAAUAAUACGCAGUUCCUCUCCUGCAACGAAGGCACCCCGGGGGAAUUCUGCCGCAUCUGCUCCGCCAGCAACUGCAACAGCAACGUCUUUCCCAGUAGUCGUCAACGCUGUCACCGCUGUAACUCUACCGAUGAUCCUACUUGCGCAAGUGAACCUCAGGCCCAAUCGGUAUGCCCCAUAUUUGAUGAAGACGAUUACUGCGUAAGCAAGCUCGUCGACGGCGUUGUUUCUCGCGGUUGUGCCACUGAAAUUCAAUGUGACGCAAACUCCAAUUCAAGGACAUGUCGCACAUGCGAGGAUAAUAAUUGCAAUGACUAUGAGUUUGUGGACGUCACGAUUGGUAAUCCUGGCUACUUCCAAGAUCUGCCACUCAACUGUUACCACUGCAACGGUACUGAGGAAUGCAGUGAGAGUUUGGGCAAGAUCAGAAAAUGCGAGAAUAAUAAUCUACAAACCUGCACAACAGUGUUUAACAGCACAAGUGGCUUGGUGAUUGCGCGUGGCUGCAGUGAUGCGCAGGAAGAAGCAUGCGCUGAUGAUAGCAACAGCUGUUACGGUUGCAAAUCGAACGGCUGUAAUUUGGCUACGUCAGAAGCGGACUACAUCGAUUGUAUUUUCUGUGAUGCGCAAGAGGAGGAGACAUGUCUGACAAAUGUCAACGGUAUUAGACGAACUCGUAAAUGCUAUACGAGCUGCAUAACAGCUUUGUACAAUCGUACGGAUGACGCGUCACCGGUGCGCGAACUCAUACGCACUUGCCUAGACGACAUGGACUUGGACGAUCGGGAGAUAUGUGCCGCUGGCAAUGAUGCAAGUUGUAAGGCGUGUAGCAGCGAAUCGUGCAACACGGAUGAUGUGGGUACGCGCAUCUCAUGUUAUCAGUGUGUGGACGAUGAAUGCCAGGAUCCACAGCCAAAAACUUGUCGUGCGGUCAGCGAGAACGAUCGCUGUUUCGUGCAGUACGAUGAGACGGGUUCGAUUGUGGAAUUGGGAUGCCAGAGCAAGUAUGAUCCGGCUGAAGUGAAGCAGCUGAUAGUGAUGCAACGUUUGUGGGUCUGCGAUGGAGAAAAUUGUAACACUAUCGAUGCUUCACCCAGCUCGCAGGUAUGCGCUAUUUGUAGUUCGGCAACGGAUUCAGCCUGCGCAAUUGUGCCGAGCGAGGUUACGUCGGCUACGACAUGUGCAAAGUUGCCCUACACGCAAUGCUAUUCACGUCUGUUGGACAGUGGUCACACGGAACGCGGUUGUUUGUCCAGCAUAGAGGGAGAGGACUUCUAUGAAUGUCUUUUGGGCACAAAUUCGACAAAAUGUUUGGCCUGCGUUGGCGCAAAUUGCAACAAAGAGAUAUAUCCCGCUAAUCGUCUGUCUUGCCAUCAAUGCAACUCCACCGCCACAGCCACCUGCGAUAAUACCCCAGCAGCUUCUGGUAUUUGCUUGAAGUACAGCUCUUCUGAGCAGUGUGUAGCUACUUUGGACGAAAACGAAAAUACCAUACGCGGUUGUAGUUCGCAAGUUUCUUGCGCUUCGGGCACUUGCCAGACCUGCCAGGACAGCGAUUGCAACACAAGCAAUCUCAAGCGAAAAAAUGACGGUAAGCCUGGCAUCUGGCAACCGUUGCCACUAAGUUGCAAAGUCUGUGACAGCCAAAGUGACUGCGCUGGCAACGCACGCAACCUCACAUGUUCCGAAACGAGUGACUAUUGUAUGACGGUGUUCGGUGAGCAGGGCGAUGUCGUGAAGCGUGGCUGCAGCACCGAUGUGGACGCCGAGUUGGGCGCAUACUGUGAUGCAAAUUCUACUCAAUGUCAUAACUGCAACUCGAAUGACUGUAACACAGCCGUCUCACUCGCGGACUAUAUCGAUUGUAUCUACUGUGAUUCCGAAACCAAUGCUAACUGUGUAUCCAAUACAGAAGCUGUCGCCACACGUCGUCAGUGCAAUCAGCACUGUAUGACGGCGCUACGUCCCAGAAGCGAAAAUUCGGAUGUCUAUGAGUUGACGAGAAGUUGUCUGGAUGACAAGGAUGCUGAAGAUCAGGUCGUAUGCCAAGCUGGUAGUGAUAUAUGUGUGGCAUGUCAGGGCGCGGCGUGCAAUACAGCGAAAUUGCCGGUAUCAACGCCUCGACGCUCGUGCUACAUUUGUGAGGGCGAAGAUUGCAUAAUACCCGAUACAGCUGAAUGUCGCGCAUUCAAGGCAGACGAUCAGUGCUUUGUAUUGUUCGAUAGUGAAAGUGAUGUCAAGCGUAUGGGUUGUCUGAGCGAAUUAGAUGAUGCAUACGUGCAGGCGAAUAUAAAAUUGUUUUUGUUGUGCAGUGAAGGAGACAAUUGCAAUGGAUUUGAAAACUUCCCCACGCCCACAUCAUGCGUCCAAUGCGAUUCGGAAGAUGAUGAGACUUGUGCCAACGAUCCGUCGAGCGCACCGACAGUGACAAGAUGUGCCGCACUGCCGCAUGUCGAAUGCUACACGCGCUUGCUAUCAGAUGGCACCACUCGACGUGGCUGCGCAAAUACACUCAGCCAGACUGUGCUGGUUAAUUGUCUAAGUGGAAACUCGACCAGCUGUCAAACGUGCACGAGCGAUUUGUGCAAUAGCGAGAUUUUCCCUGCCGGUCGUCGCAGUUGUCAUCGCUGCAACUCCAAGGAUGAUGCUACCUGUGAAAGCUCUCCCGCGGCCGCUUCGGUAUGCCCAAUCUACAAUGCUGACGAAUUUUGUGCCGUCAAGUUGGUCAAUGGUUACAUUUAUCGUGGCUGCAGCUCAGAAUUCCAAUGUGACGUCACAGAUACACAAAACUGUCGCCAUUGCGCCAACGAGGACAACUGCAAUACCGCCGACUUGCUCAGUGCGAAUAUUGGCUACCCAGGCAAAUGGCAGGAUCUACCUUUGAAUUGCUAUACUUGUGACUCAGAUGAAUGUAGCAGCAAUUCACUCGGUUUACUGCGAAAGUGCGAAAAUAAUAAUCUACAGAAUUGUGAGACCGUUUUUGGCGCUAAUGGUACCGUGGUGAGACGCGGUUGCAGCGACGUUGUUGCAUCAACACAUGAAGAUUACUGCACAAAUAAUUCGAACAAUUGCGUGGGUUGCAAAUCGAAUGGCUGCAAUAACGCCACCAGCUUGGAUCAAUUUAUCGACUGUUACUAUUGUGAUUCAGUUGAUAGUAGUGAAUGUGCCUUGAACUUUGUUGGCGAGGGCAGUAGGAAACGCAAAUGUCAAACGAAUUGUGUGGUUGCAUUGUAUCCACGCAGUAGCGCUGACGAUCCAGCAUACGAAUUAACGCGCACUUGUUUGGAUGACCUGGAGUUGGACGAUCGUGAAGAUUGCCUGGCCGGUAAUAAUGAAUUGUGUGUAGCAUGUACAGGCGCACUUUGCAAUACGGCUACCGUGCCAGAGAAUCGUCACAAAUGCUACAAAUGUGCGGAUGACGAAUGUGCUGACUACGCAGUAGCCGAAUGCAGCGCUUAUCGUCCAAAUGAUCAGUGUUACAUCAUCUUCGACGAUGAGAACUCCGUGCUGGGCAUGGGCUGCCGUAGUGAAUACGAGCAGGUGGUCGUCACGGAACUGGUUAAGCAGAAAGUUAUGUGGUUGUGUGAUGGUGAGGCAUGCAAUGGACCAGAGACAAUACCGACUGCAAAGACUUGUACAGCCUGCGACUCGCAGACGGAUGCACGUUGCGCCACUAACCCAAAUCUGGUGACGAGUACAGAACGCUGUACGGCGCUGCCGUAUACCGAUUGCUACACCCGCGUCGAUGAAGAUGGUCACACUUCACGCGGUUGCCUUUCGAACCUAACCAGAGAUGCGUUCUAUUCCUGCUUAACUGGCAACGACACGCUUUGUGAAACCUGCAGCGGGGAGAAAUGCAAUGCGCUCGAUGUUUUCCCAUCGGAUCGUUGGCAAUGCCACCAAUGCAGCUCUGACACGGACUCACUAUGCAGCAGCGCACCGAAUAGCAACAAAGUGUGUCCGAUCUACAGCGCAAACGAUAGUUGCGUGACCAAUUGGCAUAACGGCAUCACGACACGUGGCUGUGCUUCGAGCUUGAAGUGUGACGACGAAAGCGACAGGAGAACCUGUCGCGUUUGCAACACCACUGGAUGUAACACUAUUGACAUGGAGAAGAAUCAAGAGCAGGGCACCCCAGGCAGGUGGCAGGAUGUUCCGCUUACAUGUCGCACAUGUCAAGGAGUAGAGGAUUGUACGAGCCUUGGCAUCUACCGUGUGUGCACUGGCAAUUUGUACCAAAGUUGUGCGACUGUCUUCCAUACAAACGGCAGCGUCAUUGCACGUGGCUGCAGUGAUGCGGUCGAAGAAACGAAUAGCGAAAUUUGCGACGCCAAUCCAGAGCAGUGUUUGCACUGCAACUCGAAUGGUUGUAACAAUGCCACAAGCUUAGCCGACUACAUAGAUUGCCUCUAUUGUGACACGGAGUCCAAUGAAGAUUGUGUCACCAACGUCGCCGCGUUGAAUAAGACACGUAAAUGCAAUAAAUACUGCAUGACGGCGGUGUAUCCCAAAUUUGACGAAACCAACCCCGCCUAUGCACUUUCACGUUCCUGCUUAGACGACAUGGAUCUGGAUGAACGCGAAGCUUGUGCUAUCGGAGGGCUGGCAAAUUGCCAAGCUUGUGAUGAAGAAAAAUGCAACACCCAUGCGGUGCCAACGACGCGACUCAGCUGUAAUGUAUGUAAAGACGAUGAUUGCCAGGAUCCACAACCGAGCACGUGUGUGAAUUAUCGCGAAGGCGACCGCUGUUACAUACAAUUUGACGAGCAGCGUAGCAUUGUCGGCAUGGGUUGUCGCAGUGAGUACAGCAAUGCUGACGCUGAUUACCUGUUGCAGAAGAAACGUUUGUUCCUCUGCGAGGGCGAUAACUGCAACACCUUCGACGCGAUACCGGCUUCGCAGGCCUGUACGAUUUGUAGCUCACGCACAGAUCUCGAAUGCGCUACGAAUCCCGAGGGCGUUACAGCCGCUACCACUUGCGCGAUUACACCCUACACGCACUGCUACUCGCGCGUAUUAACAAGUGGCGUGACCGAACGUGGUUGCCUCUCGAGCUUGGAAGAUGAGGAAUUCGUUAGCUGUUUGAAUGGCACCGCGGCGCAUUGUGAGGCCUGCCAGGGCAGCUAUUGCAACCGUAAGUUGUACCCCGAUGAUCGAAUUUCAUGUCACGUUUGUGACUCUUCACUGGAUUCGGCGUGUACAAGCCAGCCGAACAGUGUGAGCGUUUGCCCGCUCUAUGCCGAUAAUGAUACUUGUGUGACAGCUUACCGCGAUGGUGUGACUUAUCGCGGCUGUAGCUCAAGCCUACAGUGUGAGUCCUCGAACUCAAAAUCGUGUGUACAGUGUGUGGGCAGCGCUUGUAAUACCAUCAACUUGGAACGUGCGAAUGAUGAUAAUUACGGUAAGUGGCAGGAUUUGCCACUCACAUGCCUCUCGUGCAGCGGUGAUGAAUGCAGCUCUGCCAACGUCACGCAGUCGCAGUGUGAGAACAACAACGAACAGGAUUGUGUUACAGUAUUUGAAGAUGGCGCGGUUGUAAGACGUGGUUGCAGCGAUGUUGUUGAGCUAGAACACGCCACACACUGCAGUACCAAUGCGGACGAUUGUCUGUAUUGCAAAUCAAACGCCUGCAAUAACGCCACGGCAAAAACGCAAUACAACGAAUGUAUUUACUGCGACUCGCACAAGAACCUCUCCUGCUUGUGGGAUGCGCAAAGCUCGAUACACAACACGCGCCUCUGUCAAGGCAGUUGUAUGACAGCCUUGUAUCCUUCGGAUGUAAGUGAAGAUUCUGCCUAUGAGCUAAUACGCACCUGCCUAGAUGACAAGGAGGCAGCCGAACGUUUGACGUGUGCCGGCGGUAGCGAUGCACUUUGUAAGAGCUGUACGGGCAGCAAAUGUAACACCGACAUAAUACCAACGGAUCGACGCAGCUGUUAUCAAUGUGAGGGUGAUGAUUGUGAAGAGCCACAAGUGCAAGUGUGUCCAUUGUACAAGAGUGACGACCAGUGCUUCAUUUGGUUUGACGAAACGAACAGCGUCAGUCAAAUGGGUUGUCUCAGUUCGUUCCGCAACCAAGAAUUGGAAACCAUUAUCAGUACAAAGCGCAUUUAUUUGUGUGAUGGAGAGGCGUGCAAUUCGCUAGACGCAGCACCCACACCGCAGACGUGUGCUGUGUGCAACUCGACCGAGGACUUUAGGUGCGCCACCAAUCCGCAAGAGAUUGGCGCAUUCAAUACGUGCUCGCAGUAUCCAUACACCAGCUGCUAUACAAAAUUGGUCAGCACAGAUGGUUCCACUACACGCGGCUGUUUAUCGGACCUAGAUACCACAGACUUUGUCGGCUGUGUGCUGGGUACUGAUACCAAUUGCAGCAUCUGCAUUGGAGAGGGUUGUAAUCGUGAGAUUUUCCCCGCCGGUCGUCGUAGUUGUCAUCGCUGCAACUCAAAAGACGAUGCCACCUGUGAAAGCUCUCCCGCAGCCGCUUCGGUAUGUCCAAUCUACAAUGCUGACGAAUUUUGUACCGUCAA